CUUAAACGCUUUUUCUCACCAAUAACACUUCUCUUCUGCUUUUCUCUAUUUUUCACUUAAUUUUUGGAACUCUCUCGGCUGACGAUAAUAUUGUAGAACAGCCGGAAACUCAAAAGCGCUCUCUCUGUAAAUUUCCGUGGGUUGACCAAGUAUCCCAGCCACCUUCUACAUUCAGCGUCAAAUCUCCACUCAGUUGAUGAGGAAAAAUACCGACAGACGUCUCCAAGAAUUUACCAGGAAAAUCGCGAACGCCAUCAGCGUGCGAUCAAGGCUGCUUUCAAAAAUAUUAAAAAAAUUAUUUCCAAAGGAAAAAUGGUGUCGGUUCCAAAUGGCACCUCUUACUGUUUUAGCCAUUUUGGUCUGCACGGGGUACGCCAUCAAGUGCUACCAGUGCGAUUUUGUUAAAAACCCCAAUUGUGUAACGCGAUAUAAGGCCGAUGACAGUAUGGUUGUGGAUUGCUCCAAGCUUACCCUACCUUUUUUCUUUCCGAGCAUAUUCAGGAUUCCCAAUGCCACCGGUUGCGAAAAGACGACCAUCGAAUUUGUGCCAGGAGAGUUCAUCAUCCUAAGGAACUGCUACUUUCGCAAUGUUAGCAUCUUGCCAGAAGUUUGUGAGAAUAAUCCCCGCCGCACCUGCGAGUUCUGCACCGCGGACUUGUGCAAUUGAUCCUCCUCCCUGGUCCCCAAUGCCGGAGUUAUCCUAGUCUAUCCGAAACCAUAUCAAAA